AUGUUGAUGAAAGAAAACAUCUUCCUACUUCCUCUACUAUGGCAUGGUAUUGCUAUAGCACAGGGGAUCUCUCUAGGUAUUGAAAAACCACCACAUAUGUAUGCUAAAACAUCCAGCGUUUUUCAUCGGAAAAAAUUGUGGGACACUAAUCUUGUUACAGUAUCGUUUAUCAAUGGCAAUUGUGAUCAGCACUCAGCGGUCCGAAGGGUUGCUUCCGAAUGGACACCCUAUUCAAACAUUGACUUCAUAUUCAUCGAUCAGCCAGACAAAGGAAAUAUUCGUGUGUCAUUUAAUGACAAGCUGGGAAGUUGGUCUUGCUUGGGUACGGAUUCCAAAGACAAAUCUAAAGCAAGUAUGAAUUUUGGCUGGAUUGAACGAAGAACAAUCCUGCAUGAAUUCGGGCAUGCUUUGGGAUUGGAUCACGAACAGCAUAAUCCAAUUGGAGGAAUAAAAUGGAACGAAACAGCAGUAUACAAAAGGUACAGUGGAUAUCCAAACUUUUGGUCUCCUGACGAGAUCAAAUCAAAUGUGAUCGAUAUGUUCAACAAAGAUCAAACAAAUGGAGUCUACGAUCCAAACUCAAUUAUGCACUACGCAAUUGAUGCCGAUCUAACAAUAAACAAAUGCUGUGGUACAAAACAAAAUAAUGAUCUUUCGACAGGAGACAAACAUGCCAUUCAAAAGCUAUAUGAAAAAUUCAAACCAUCCAGAGACGCACUUUUGUGGGCUGUGAAAUGGAAUGGCAUCGGAAGAAGCAAUAAUCGCGCUCAUGACUACGCGCAAUCAUGGAAAGGGAUCGGGAUCUCCCAGACAGAAAAAAAAGCGUUGAUCUCAAAAAUUUAUUGUCAACCAGCCAGUGAGGUUUAUGCGGGUUUACUGUCUCGGCCAAACCCAAAAGCCAGCGCUUAUGGAACGUGUAUGGUUGGGGUCGUCAAAGGAAUGCCUACAUUUUGGGUUAACGGAAUGUACGGUGCUGUUGGACACUCUGGCUAUCCAAAAAAUCCUGUUAGUAAAGAUGGAACAGGGCAUUUACGAAACUGCUACAACGAACACAAAUUGACUGGUCUUUGCUUUUAUUCGAAUGUGGCAGAACGAGCGAAGCAAACUCUUCUCUACGCCAUUGAAAACGAUGUUUGUACUGAUUAUCCCAAUCUCUAA